UGCAGGAGUGAGGUGCAUCGGGCAGACGUAGCCAACCAAAUCAGGGUCAGUCGGUUUUUAAGGAGCCAAACGGACUAAGAUUAAAUACCUGUUACGAGACGAACGGCCUGCUUGAGUCGAGCUCGGAGCCCCGGUGCUGAUUAGCAUCCAUAGCAGAUCGGGAGGAAGGGGGAGGAGGCACGGAGAAUGAGCUAUUCUUGUAACAGCUCAGAAGCUGUGUGUAUUAACAGCUCCAACUCCACUAAAUCGGCCCGAGCUAAUACGUCUAGUGGUGGCGACGGAGGCACCGAGAGCACCAGCAAACCUUGUCCCGAUCGGCUGCAGCAAAACGCGCCCGCAGAAAUGAAAGUGAAACAAGGCUGCAAUUCGGACACGGGUGUGCCGAGCACCAAGGAAGAUGAAUUGCUCACAAAUUCUAUCAUCUCGCCCGAUGAUGUGCUCGGGCUACAGAAGAUCACCCAAAAUUACCUCUGCUCUCCAGAGCAGAAUGUCCACAUGAUCGACUUCACCAGGUUUAAGAUCCGAGACAUGGAGACCGGCACAGUACUGUUUGAGAUUACCAAACCUCCAAUGCCAGCGGGCUGUAGAAAGGACUGUGACCCUAAUGCUGGCCGGUUUGUUCGAUACCAGUUCACACCGGCCUUCCUUCACCUACGGCAGGUUGGAGCGACGGUGGAGUUCACGGUGGGAGACACGCCCAUCAACAACUUCCGGAUGAUCGAGAGGCACUACUUCCGCGAGCAGCUGCUGAAGAGCUUUGACUUUGAGUUUGGCUUCUGCAUGCCCAGCAGCAAGAACACGUGUGAACACAUCUACGAGUUCCCCGCGCUGUCUGAGGAUAUCAUGCGAGAGAUGAUCCUGCACCCUUAUGAGACGCAGUCCGACAGCUUCUACUUUGUGGACAACCAGCUGGUGAUGCACAACAAGGCCGACUACUCGUACAGCGGGGGGGCGUAGGGGCCCCGGCGUGACACCAUGAGGAUUAUUAUGAUUAUAUCACUAUUAUUCUGCUCUGACUGACCCAAUUCAGAAUAUAAGCCUGUGUCACCCACAUGACAGCCGUAUCACUCCAUGAUCCCUCUCUCACUCCAUGACCCCUCUGUUGCCUCAUGAACCUGUAUCACACCAUGUACCCUGUAUCAGACCAUGACCCCUGUAUCGCUCCCUGACCCCCACAUCGCCCCAUGACCCCUGUAUCACACCAUGUACCCUGUAUCAGACCUUGACCCCCACAUCGCCCUAUGACCCCUGUAUCACACCAUGUACCCUGUAUCACACCAUGACCCCUGUAUCACACCAUGUACCCUGUAUCAGACCUUGACCCCCACAUCGCCCCAAGACCCAUGUAUCAUUCCAUGUACCUUGUAUCAGACCAUGACCCCUGUAUCCCUCCAUGACCCUGUAUCCCUCUGUGACCCCUGUAUCACUCCUUGUUAUUCUAGCGCUAAACAAAAUCCAACUGUAUAGAAAACCAGCGGUUGAGGACUUCCAAGAGAUGAGCGCAUGCUUAAUUCAGUUAACUCUGACAUCACCUCUUCCACCGUCCCCCCGCCACAUCCUGGUGGAUGCCCUUAAAAACAGACUCUGUCCUAUGGUAUUUGUUAGUUUGCCUUAGUGUGUUUGCAUACAGUAAGUAUCCGUGUGUGCAAUCGUAUGUAUGCAGACACACAGAGACACAAAGUCAUAGUAUAGCCAUAGUGUGUGUCUUCUUAGUGGGUUUUACUUAUUGUAGGUUCAAUGUCCUGUUGACCAGCAGAGGAGGCAGUGAGGUGGGAGGUGAAACCAUAAAGCUAGGUGUGUGUCGCCUUCAUCCUCAACCCACCUCUCACAUCCCAGAUCAACAGCAUUGCUUUUGUUCUUCUUACUCCUAAGGGAAGCUUGUCAUUGGUCAAAUAUCUAGAGGGCGCAUGGAGAGGAACAUGUUCACUUACUCAUGGUUUUUCAACAUUGGAGUAGGGCGAAGGUCAGGUCACAUAGAUGUCAGGGUAUCACAGAGAAAGGGGAGGUACUUUGUUGAUGUGGAUAUCUUGUCAGGUCUUUAUUCUUACAGUAGGAUGUCAAAAAGAGUUUUAAAUAGACGUUUUGUAUAGUCAGAUCAAAUGAAUAGUUAAUGGUCAAAAUCUGACGCCUGUUUUGAUAUCCAGUGCAUAUUCAGUAAUAAUAAAAAACUAUUUUAUUUAUAUUAAAUGUGAUUAAUAUAUAAUGUAUUUAAAAAAAGACAUGUACAUUUGGACAGUUUCGAUUCCAUCGCUGCAAUAAACGUGUGAUUUUUUGGAA